CUAUAAAAUGGCAGUUGGAUUUAUGUUGGCUCAUCCUUAUGGAUUCACACGAGUAAUGUCAAGUUACCAUUGGCCAAGAUAUUUUGAGAACGGAAAAGAUAUCAACGAUUGGGUUGGACCACCAAAUGACAAUGGAGCAACCAAAGAAGUGACGAUAAAUGCAGACACCACUUGUGGCAAUGGCUGGGUCUGUGAACAUCGAUGGCGCCAGAUCAGGAACAUGGUUGCCUUCAGAAACGUAGUCGGUUUUGAGCCUUUCUCAAACUGGUGGGACAAUGGCAGCAACCAAGUAGCUUUUGGCAGAGGAAACAAAGGCUUCAUUGUCUUUAACAAUGAUGACUGGUCAUUGUCAACAACUUUACAAACUGGUCUCCCAGCUGGUACAUACUGUGACAUCAUUUCUGGAGAUAAAAUUGAUGGCUAUUGCACCGGAAUUAAAGUCUAUGUUUCCGGUGAUGGCACUGCACAGUUUUCUAUUAGUAACACUGCCGAAGACCCAUUUAUUGCAAUCCAUGUAGAAUCAAAACUCUAAAAUUUAAAAUAAA